AUGGUAAAGUUAUUAAACCCUGGCGACUAUGUUGGUACCAGAAUCCGCGGCGGAACGCAUGAAGGACAUGUGGAAGAGAUGAUCACGGACCAGCAACGAGCGGAAGAGGUUGGUGUGAAAAAUCCGCCAAAAGUGCGCUUCGAGAAUAAGGAUGGUAAAAUGGUGGCGCACAACCCAGACACCCUAGAAGUCAACGACACAUAA